AUGUUGACAUCUACCGAAACCACUCGCACGGCGAGACAGGAUACAGCCCACCUCGAUCUGACCAAACUUUCACGAAUUUCUCCCUAUUUGAUGCUUCAAGAGCUUCAAUCUGACGCUACCUGCGUCGGUUCGCCGGACGGGUCCGUUUCCUAUUCAGUGAUCGAGUCUCGAAAAUUCAAUAUAAUAGGACUAGAUCUCCAGACACUGGAUCUGGCAGAGCGCAACCUCUCAGGAGCCGGAAUCUUCAGGAGCCGUCCCGACAACUCGACGAUACAAGGCGUCUUAGAGGCCGCUAUGGACAGAUGCUUACGGCUCCGGUUACCAGUGAAGAUCUUCCCAUCAUCCCGGACAGACCGUCAUGUCCAUGCGGACGUGAAUGCUGCACAUGUAACGUUGUUUUCUUACCCGGGUCAUGCUGUGGGAGCGGAGAUGAUCACGAAAGUCGUCAACUCGUACCUAAAAAGAACGAAUCAUGACAUCGUUGUGCGGAGCGCCAUUCAAGUGCCAUACUGGUUCAACUGCAGGGCAGAGGCGCUCUGCAGGACGUACGAGUACAGGGUGGGUCUGCUGAAAGACUCGACUACAGGAAACCGCAAUCGCGAGCUCGAACCUCUGACCCAACAUAAGAGAUGUUUGUUGAUGAACCGCGAAAUUGAUGUGGAGAAGGUGCAACAGGCCUGCGCACUUUUCGAGGGAUUUCACGACUUCGUGAAUUUCCAGAGCAUCUCGACUGAUUUCAGGGAAACAAAAAGAUGUCUUGAGGAGGUGACAUUCGUUCCGGACCAUAACGUCAGUCAUCUCUGUGACUACAGUGAAAGUUUCACCUGGUGGAAGUUCAACGUCAUCGGCCGCUCAUUCCUCUACAAACAAGUUCGACGGCUGGUCUCAGCGGCACUGCACGUUGGGCUGGGUGUCAUACCCCUGGAAGAGGUCACUCAAAUGCUCAAGGAGCCGCAUCGGAAAUCCUGGAGCUCGAACGUAGGCUUACUCCAUGGCCACGCUCUGACUCUGAAAGAUAUAGAAUACGACCCGAAUUUAUUCAGGGUGGAUUUGGAAGCACCGAUGUGGAGACCUCCCAUGCCUUAUAUGGGGAGAUCGACUGAGUCGCCCGAAGCUGUGGGCUCCGACUUCUUGGAGCUCGUGAGGAGAUCCAUGGAGGCUCAACGCAAAUUGGAUCAGCUGAAAAAGCGUUUGAUCUCAUUCCGUCAUGGGAAGCUGGCUUCUAUCGAGGAAGUACGGAAGGAAGACCCAACUAAACCGAGCGGGGGUGUAGAACCAGCGCUGAAGAAAUUGAAGAAAUCCUCCACUAAUGGUUCGUUGGAAACUCCGAAAGCGGACUGGGAUCCUGAUAAGGAAUACGAGGUUGAGAAAAUCAGAGACGUUCACUUGGACGACGCCGGGGAGAUGUUGGUGCUCAUAAAGUGGAGAAACUGGUCGUCGAGGACAAACACCUGGGAGCCGCUGACGAACAUGACAUGUUACGAGAAAAUUAUCCGAUUCUUGCAGAAGAACUCGUACGACGACUCGUACAUUACAGCUCUCAUGAGUCAUUACGUAUUGAAGUUCUUAUAUUCGCCACUCAUCAACUCUCGGAUCAUGUCCCGUCUCCUCGGCUACGACUUGAGUUUCGACGAGUGUACCAAGCUCGCGAGUCACGAAAAGUCGGGUCUGAGAGAAGCUCUCCGCAAGUUAGAUUCAAGGACCCUACGGGAAAAUAUAUUGAAGAACUUCGAAACAGAAACGAACUUCGUGCGUUUCAUCGAUGGACGAGAGCCGAUGUGCCGGCGACUCCUGGAGCUCCAUAAAGCAACCAGACUCGCUCUGCCGAACGAGGCUCCGAUCUACUUCGAAAAUCUCGUAGACACCGAUGUGCCGCCGGCCGACUUCACAUUCAUCCAGGAUUACAUUCUCGACCGCGACUACGUUCCCCAAUCGGUCGCCAUCGGUUGCUCGUGUAAAGAGUGUGGAAUGGACGAUUGCCAAUUAUUACAUCAAGAUUGUGACGCACAGCGGAACUAUUUACCUGACGGCCGGCUCGGGAAGUGGGCUCGAACUCGCAGGGGACCGAUAUACGAGUGUAACUCAGCCUGCCAAUGUCCUAAAACUUGCUACAACAGGGUGACCCAGCGAGGCCGGACGGCGGAAGUCGUGGUCUUCAAAACCGCUAACGACCGCGGUUGGGGAUUGAGAACGCACACACCCAUCAAAGCGUGGACGUUCGUCAUGGAGUAUCUAGGUAAAAUCGUGACUUCGGAGGCGGCUCGAAAUAGCGAGCCCACUUAUCAGUUCGAGUUGGACUUCAACGUUGAGAAGGAAGCCGCGUUCGUCGUUGAUGCCAUCUCAAGCGGCAACGCAAGUCACUUCAUCAAUCAUUCUUGCAAUCCUAACAUGGUAGUCAUCAAUGUCUGGGUCGACGAUCUCAAUCCUCAGAAGCCAAGAUUAGCGUUCUUCGCGUGCAGAGACAUACAGAAACACGAGGAACUCACAUUCGACUACAACCUGAAGGCCGAUCCGUCGAAGUUGAAAAGUGGCAUGAGAUGCCGUUGUAACGAAGCCAAUUGUCGAGGUCGAAUGUGAGACGUUCGCGAGUUCCUCGCAAUUCAUACACGCGGUUCCGGGGAGGAGAGAGUCCUCGAUUAGGAAAUUUAUACGACUGAGUUUCGCGUCAUAUGGAUCG